AUGGCUACUACUUUGUUCAACAAUCAAUAUCGUAUUGACCUACCUUCCACCGAUACGCCUACAGCUUCAAUGUUUGUUUCACUUACUCCUUCCGAAAUCGGUCUCUUAAACCAUCCCCCAUACAUUCUUACCAUAUCUCUUGACAUCCUCCUCGAUCCUACAUACAAUCGCCAAUCCCUUCCUCCAAGGCCUCAGAAUGCGUGGAUUAUUUUUCGUAGAAAUUUUGAAGGCCAGCUACGUGCUCAACACCCCACUAGAUUAUAUACUAUUCGCGACGUCUCGAAAAUUGCCAGCGAUCAGUGGAAGGUUCAGUCCGAUGCGGUCAAAGAAUACUUUUGCGUGCUUUCUAAAUUGGCCCGAGAACGACACUGGCUUGCUUUUCCUGAUUACGUUUACAAACCAAAAAGGACUAAGCAGAGAAAAAGAAACGAAAAAUUUGUAUUCAAAAAUAUGGGUGAAGCUGAAUUUAAAAAUCGACAAAAUAAUAGAAUGCAUACACAAAGAAAUAUUGAGAGCAACAGGAGCACGGUCGUUAUAAAUACCGACGAACAUUUUGUAUAUGAGAACACGUACAAUGACACUUGGCUCGAAGGCUCAUUUCAGGAAGACAAUGAUUACGAUGA